AUGGAUCAAAAACAAAGUUUCGCAAGAAGAGACAAGCUAAGAGCGAUUGAAAUAUCAAUCCAGGAAUAAUGGGCAGCCAAUUAAUCUUUCUAUUCAAAUCCAGAUGAGAGAAAGAAAUUUUUCUUGACUUUUCCAUUCCCAUAUGCUAAUGGUAGAUUGCAUCUAGGCCAUUGUUUCUCAUUUAGCAAGUGCGAUUUUAUUGCAAGAUUUAAAAGACUUUAGGGUCAAAAUGUGCUCUUGCCAUUUGCAUUUCAUUGCACAGGAAUGCCAAUUAGUGCUGCUGCCAAAAGACUUUAACGUGAUUUGGACACAUUGAAAUCAGGAUAAGAGUUACCAAAGCAAUGCUAAUACUCAUCACUUCUUUAGAUGAAUAUAAAGGAAGAUGAAAUUCAUAAAUUUACUGAUCCAUAUUAUUGGAUUCGUUUUUUCCCAUCUUUGGGUAAGGAAGAUUUGAUUUCUUUUGGAUCCUCAGUUGAUUGGAGAAGAAGUUUCAUCACCACAGAUGAAAAUCCAUACUUUAAUUCAUUUAUUGAAUGGCAUUUAACUAAAUUGAAGGAAGCUGGAUAUGUCAAAUUCGGAUAGAGACCUUCAAUAUUUAGUACUUAAGAUGGUUAAUUGUGUGCUGAUCAUGAUAGAAGAGAAGGAGAAGGAGUCAACCCAUAAGAAUACACAUUAAUCAAAUAAAGAGUAUUAAAGCCAGAAUUGGUAGAUGCAGCUUUGGCUGGAAAAAACCUCUUUUUGGUAUGUGCUACUUUAAGACCAGAAACAAUGUAUGGUCAAACUAAUACAUUCGUAUUGCCUGAAGGAGAAUAUGGAGUAUUCGAAAUGAAAAAUGAUGAAUUAUUUGUUUGUAGUGAAAGAUCAGCAUUAAAUAUGGCCUAUCAAGGUUUGACCAAAGAAGAAAAGAAGGUUAACAAAGUAGCUACAGUUUUGGGAACAUAAUUAAUUGGAUUGGAAAUUAAAGCUCCUUUGACUAAUUAUGAGAAAGUAUAUGUGUUACCUAUGCCUGGAAUCAAAAUGAAUAAGGCAACUGGAGUUGUUACAUCCGUCCCAAGUGAUGCCCCAGAUGAUUGGGCUACCUUAAGAGAUUUGUAAAAGAAACCUGAUUUUUAUAAAAUCAAACCAGAAUGGGCUGAUUUCAAACCCAUUCCAAUUAUUGAUGUUCCUAAAUAUGGCGAUUUAGCCGCUUUGACUGCAUGCGAUCAACUCUAGAUCAAAUCAUUGAAAGAUAAAGACUUAUUGUAAAGAGCAAAAGAAGAAGUCUACAAGGCAGGUUUUUAUGAAGGAAAAAUGAUUAUUGGAAAAUACAAAGGAAUGAAAGUUUGUGAUGCCAAGCCAUUAGUUAGAAAGGACAUGAUUGAAAGCGGUGAAGCCUUGCCAUAUUUCGAACCAGAGAACACAGUCAUUUCAAGAAAUGGUGAUGAAUGCGUAGUUUCCUAUUGUGAUUAAUGGUACAUCACAUAUGAGAAUCAAGAGUGGAAGGAUAGAGUUAAGGAGCACGUUAAAAACAAUUUCGAAACUUACAAUGUUAAAGUCAAACAAGAAUUAUUGGAUGCCAUCGAUUGGAUUAGAGAAUGGGGAUUGUCUCGAAGUUUCGGAUUAGGUACAAAGGUGCCUUGGGAUAAGCAAUAUUUGAUUGAAUCCCUUUCAGAUUCAACCAUUUAUUUCGCUUAUUAUACAGUUGCUCAUUAUAUAUAAGGAGACCUAAAUGGAACUGUUCCAGGACUUGCUGGAUUCACUGCAAAUCAAAUGACAAUUCCUGUUUACGAUUAUUUGUAUUUGGGCAAGGACAGUGAAUAGGUUCCACCUGAAAUGAAACCAUAAUUGGAUGUCAUGAGAAAGGAAUUCUUGUAUUAUUAUCCAAUGAACUUGAGAUCAUCUGGAAAAGAUUUAAUUAAAAAUCAUCUCAUCUUUGCAUUGUUCAAUCAUGCAGCUGUUUGGAAAGACUAACCUUAAUUGUGGCCAAAAGGUUAUUUCUGUAAUGGUUACAUAUUGGUUGAUGGUUAGAAGAUGUCCAAGUAAUUAGGAAACUUUAAGACUGUUUAAGAUAUGAUUAAGAUCUACGGAGCUGAUGCAACAAGAUUAGGAUGUGCUGAAGCAGGAGAUUUGUUGGAUGAUGCUAAUUAUGAAUUGAAAUUAGCCGAUUCUGGUAUCUUGAAAUUGACAACACUUGAAAUGUAUCUUGAAAAGAUCUUCCCAGUUAUAUAAAACUAUCGUACUCAAGCCUAAUCUAAAAACAUUGAAUUUUUCGAUAAAGUCUUUGAGAGCUAAAUCAAUCAUCAAGCCAUACAAGUUAUUUAGAAUUAUGAAGAGAUGAAAUUCAGAGAUGUUGCCAAAAAUGGAUUCCAUGUCUUGUAAGGAUACAAGGAUGAUUACUUACUUGCUGUUUAAACUGAAGGACCUAAUAAAAAUUUAAUAUUAAAAUACAUUGAAAUCCAAUUAACCUUGAUGAAUCCAAUAGUUCCUCAUAUAACUGAAUAUUGCUAUUAGAAAUAUUUCUAUCCAUUUGUUAAAGACUAAGGAUAUCCAGAAACAUUGACUAAGUUUGUCUUACCCAAUGUUGGAACCUAUGUGUAUGAUGCAAAUGUUCUUAGAUAAUAUAAUUACCUUUAAAUAUUAAUGAGUAGUUUGAGAGUUGCUAUUGCUAAAUACAAGGAAACUCUUAAGAAGCAAAAGAAGCCAGAAGUUAUUAAUAAGGUUACUUUGGUUGUUGCUAAAGACUUUGCUGAUUGGUAGAAAGAAGUCUUAAUCUUCAUGAAUAGACAAUUGAUUGAUAAUGAACCAGGCUUUGAUUUCAACGCUUAAAUCAAGGCUAACAAGGGUAAAAAUAUGGCUGCCUAAUUACAAUUUAGCAAUUAUAUCAUGGGUGAAUAUAAAUAAAGAGGAGUAGAUGCCAUCAAUCCAAAUCCUACCCUUGAUGAGGAAGCAUUCUUAAACAAUUUUACUUAGUAUAUAAUUAGUGAUCUGAAGGUUAAAGAAUUCGCUAUUAUUGACUCAAUAGUAGCCUAGAAGAGUGAUGCAAAACCAGUUCAAUAAGCAGGUAAUAAUGCAUAACCUGGAAAACCCUGCCCAUUAUUUGAAUGAUUAUAUAGCAUAUAGAUGUUCAAAUUAUAAAUAUUCCAAUCA